CUGGUACGCAAUUGCUGCGUUGCUACUUUGGUUCAGAAUUAUCAUCACGUUCCAUUGGCUUUUGUUCCACCUAAGGAACGUACUUGAACACUAUAAUGCCUCCAUCAACCCAGCUAUCGCGCAUACAUCAACUGCCCUCGGGCAUUCGACAUAUCAUCGCCAGGAAUGCGACUUGUGCGACGCUCCCUUCGAUUAUCACGACAAGACAGCUAGCACAUGCAGCAACACGUCCGAAACUCGGUGCUCUGGCAAAUGUAUAUCUUUCGCAGCAGCAGCGGAGCAUAACCAUCAAACAAUUAGAUUCUGGACGAGACAACCGAGAACGAGUAGUCAUCCUGGGAAGCGGCUGGGCGGGCUUCACUGUCGCAAGACAGCUCAAUACGAAGAAAUAUCAGACCGUAGUGGUAUCUCCAAGAUCCUACUUCGCGUUCACUCCUUUACUUGCCUCCACAGCCGUCGGCACUCUCGAGUUUCGAACAGCUCUGGAGCCAGUCAGGAGUCGGCGCACCAAGGUUGAGUUUGUUCAGGGCUGGGCCGACGACGUAGACUUCAAGAACAAGACUCUCACCGUUGAGCAGGCGGUGGAUGAUCCAACCCAAGGACUAGCAUUGACCCAAGAUCGCCACGCAGGUGAGACACAAGAGCAGAGGGCAUUGGAGAAGCAGUCAGAUAUUGAGAAAGGCAAGACCUUUGAUCUGGCAUACGACAAGUUGAUCGUCACAGUCGGCUGCUACAGCCAAACUUUCGGAACACCAGGAGUCAGAAAGUACGCUUUCUUCCUUAAAGAUGUUGGCGAUGCGCGCAAGAUCAGGAACCGGCUUCUGGCGUGCUUCGAAGCAGCAGCUUUGCCAACUACACCAGAGGAGAUGAAGAGGCAACUGUUGAACUUCGCGGUGGUUGGAGGCGGUCCAACUGGAAUCGAGUUCAGCGCCGAACUGCACGACCUGAUUAACGAAGACAUGGCUAAGAUUUAUCCUGAACUGAUCAAAUACCACAAGAUCACCGUCUAUGACGUGGCAGAGAAGGUGUUGCCCAUGUUUGACGAGAAGCUGGCAGGCUACGCGAUGGACAAAUUCAAGCGCGAAGGGAUUGAUAUCAAGACCAAGCAUCACGUUGAAGAGUUGAGCCCGGGCUCUCCAUACGAGCGAAAUAACCUGAAGAAUGAUAAGGACUUCAGGCUGUUCACAUUGAAGAUCAAGGAGGAAGGCGAACUCGGUGUGGGCAUGUGCGUCUGGAGCACCGGGCUGAUGCAGAAUCCCUUCGUGCACCAGGCUCUCAGCAAUGUACGCGCAGUCCCUGACAACCUCCGACUCAUCGAGUCAGCAGGAGACCCCAGCUUUGCCAAAGAUGUAGCAUGGAAGGUCAAAAAGGACGAAAGAUCUGGAUCCAUCAUCACUGAUGAUCGCCUGCGUCUCAAGGUUGUGCCCCAAGGCAAGAACGACAAGCACGUGGCAGCUAUCGUCGACGAUGUCUACGUCCUUGGGGACUGUGGUAUCAUCGAAGGGACGAGGUACCCCGCGACAGCGCAGGUUGCUUCGCAGAAGGGCCUCUGGCUGGCCAAGCGGCUCAACAAGCAGGACCUUGACAAAGCUGGCUUCAAGUUCAAGGAUCUGGGUACGUUGGCGUACAUCGGUAACUGGGACGCGCUCUUCCAGGGUGGCAAGUGGGGUAGACUGCAAGGCUACAUUGCGUGGGCGAUCUGGCGUGGUGCCUACUUGACCAGGACGGUCAGCUGGAGGAACAAAAUAUUGGUGCCUGUUUACUGGGCUGUCAAUUGGCUGUUCGGCCGCGACAUCAGCCGCUUCUGAGCUUCUCUGAGUCACAGUAACGAGGAGUGUUGUAAGAUGAGAUAGGCUGUAACAUAGUUUCGAUGGGUUAAUUAAGUACUAUUAGAUCAACACAUACGAUUUUCGCGAUUGAGCUAGGACGUUGACGUCCUCCCCGG